UGAUUUUUCGAAGAGGUCAUUUUAUUAUGAACCAAAUAGUUCAGCAAUAUAAUUAAUUUGGGAAUGAUAAAAUAGGAGUAGGCUGACUACAAAAUCGCUAAAUACAUUUCUUUUGCUUUAUUGGAUAAAUAUUAAAUACCAUACUUGCUAAGCUAUACUAAGUGGUGGAGUUUUGGACUUUUUUUAAUUUCUAAGAGUGUACUUAUGAAAACAGCAACUUAAAAUUGUUCACUGUAUAAUAAUUACAAACAUUGACAGAACACUCAAAAAUCACCACCUGAAACCCCCGAAUAGUCCAAUUGGUCUAUCGACUGCUUAGUACUAAUACUUAAAAAUAUGGUAAUAAAACAAUGCAAAGCACUGUACUCAGAGUAAACGGAUUCUUUGAUAUGCUCUUAAAACUAUCUUUCAUGCCAAUAACACUAUUUGUGAGUAUUAUGAUUCUCCUUAUUGCCGUUAACUCUCUAGAAAUUUUUCGCAAUUUAUUUGUGUUGUUGUCAUGAAUAUUCAUAUGUUAUUCGUAGUUAUUGUAAUGGAACGUGUGCUGGAACGAAGUGCAAUACGUGUCCCUUACAAGCGCUAAGAGAAUACCCACACACAUACACCAGUACAUAUGACAGCGUGCACACAGGUGAAUGAGUGUGCGAGUAACCGAAAGCGAAAAAAAUUCGCUACGAACACACAUACCUGUACACAGCAGUGUCACCAAUACUUAUGCGCCACAAUGUUCUAUUUAGCUGCAAUUGUCGUCGUCGUCGUUACCGUCGACGCUGGUGGUGGCGCUCACGUCGCCGUCGCUUUUGCAACAGGAAUUUCCUUACCACAGCGCCAACUUCGUCAAGUCUGUGCUGCGCUUAACGUGCCUUUUCGCUGCUUUGCUGUAAAGCUGCGCACCGCUUCGGCUCUCCGCUGGGUUCUAGCCGUUCCGUGUGCUUACAUUGAACAACUGCAGACGCGUCGCUAGCAAAUUUGCCAUGUCAAACACAGACUUAUACAAUAUAUGUACAUAUAUGCGUGUGUGUGUGUAUGGGUGUUUUUGCUCAAUCACUCAUUUUACUCGAGCCGUCUGUCUGUGUGGUUGGUGGCUCGAACUCCCGAGUCCAUUUGUUGGCUAUUGGCUCGUUUGUGCGCUCGCAUGGAUGCGCGAGUGGGACCCCGGCACAAUUUGUUGGCGACUUUUGUUGUAAGUAUUAUAGAGCUAGACGGAGCGUCCGACAUCGGCUCGGUGUCGUCUCGGUGUAUGUUUUUGUUGACACAGUGGUCUCCGUCGUUGCGCGCGGUGUUAAUGUGCGAAAAGGAAAAAUAUCAGUCAUAUAUACAUACAUACCAAUAUAUAUAUAUAAAUAUAUAUAUAUUUACAAUACAUACAAACAAACAUAGUUGCGUUGAAGUAAGUGCAUUUGGUUGAUGCGCUCCGGUUCCGGCAACCGUCGCGGCAACAACCAGGCUGCCAGCUAAUAAACGAUACGAUUCGAACCGAUCCGAUGUGCUGUGCUUUUCCUGCUUCUUCGUUCGUUUUUGUAACAAAAAAAUUAAAAUAAAUAAAUCGACUGCAACUGCAACUACACUUAUGUACAAUUGUUGUGCUUGUUCUUCGCCGUCGCCUGCCGCUCCUCCUGCGUCAGCUGUGCGUUAUUGGUUUUUUUUUUGUCAUUCGCUUCGAUUUGAUAGUGUGGCAAACGGUCAGCGCUGCUGUCGUCAUCGUCCGCUAAAAGCUCAGCCGGCAAGCAUCUUGCAACCGCAGUAGCAGCAGCAGCAGCAGCAGCAGUUUAUUUGACAUUUUUCACGUAAACAAAAUACAAAAACAAUAAGAACAAACAAUCAGAAUGUGAAUCGUCAGGAAUUUUAAUGCAUGAAACAGUUGACAUUUUUUGUAAAAAUUUAUGUGAGAACAUCAAAAGGUGCUGUGAGUGUGGCGGCGAAUGUGCGCCGUGAACGCCAAUUUCAAUUGCCUCAAAUCAGCAAAAACACCUCGUUCGCGCAGACACGCAUCCUGCUUGGCGGCGUUGUAAUGUAACACACACUUAUACACAUGUGCAGAUUAUUUUUUUUAAUUUACCGCAAAAUACUGAUACAACGGGGCCAUUUGAAGGCCACACGACCGCUGGUGGAAACGCCUGUGAAAUUGUGAAUUCAAAGUGAUCUUAAAAGCAUUUAAAUGUAGUGAAACCCAAUUAGACAGUUCCGCGUGUGAAACAACAACAAUGUGACAUAUACUUAUUAAGAUUAAAACAUUGAAAAACAAAACCGUUGCGAAACUAUUGUUUUAUAAAUAGUUUCAUAUAAGGUCUACUUAGAAUAUUCCGCCUCAGCUUUUCGAUAUAAUCAACAAUAAGAACAACAACAUUAGCAGCGUUUGCUAAGUAAUAAAUCAAAGCAGCCACGCAGCAGCCACAUUCCACUUGAAACGUUCCAAAAUGUGUCGACAACAAAUCAGGAAAUAACCGGAAAUUGAUACUUACGAAAGCUUGCAACAAGGCCACACGCAAACCGUUAUUGCAAAUAACUCACAAACAUAAAUAUUAUGCAAAUAUAUAAAUUUGUCUGUAUGUGUGCAGUAAUGCAAUUGCUUUAAACCAAAUGUGUUCAAAACUUUUUAGAAGAACGAAAAUAUUAACAAAUAUUUAUUAAUAUUUGAUAGCUAAAAAUAAAAAUUCUCUUUAAAAAGUAAAAGUUUUUAAUAAAAAAAAAAAUAAUAAUUUUUUUAAAAACUAAAACAAAAAACAUUAUAUUACAUUACUAACUUAAAAAAAAAUUUUCGAAAUCAAAAUAUUUUUUCACAACCCUUUAUUUGGACUUAUGCCCAACAACAACUGCAAAUGCUCGCCAUGACAGUAAGAAUAAUUAGCGCCCUUCGCCCACCGAUUUGCUAAUACGCCGCUAAUACUUCUUCGCAGCACCCAGUGAUUUUCUAACAAACUCAGUGAUUAAAACAUAAACAUAUAUACAUAUACAAGAUAUAACAUAUAGAUUACUUAGCAAACAGUUUUAGCUGGUUAAAUCAUGGCGGAAUGCUCGUAUGCCAGAUGUCUGCAAGAACGUCGCUUAAUUAAACGUGAACUCAUGAAAUGGUCCAAGGAUAUGUUGCAUAUAGUCGGCUUAGAACGGAUCGCUGAGGAGUUGAUGGAACGCAUGAAAUGGAAGCAAUAUCAAGAGCCAUUAACUACGCGCGUCCAUACAAAUCAUACCGUACAAUCGCCAGCCGAAACAGCAGCAACAGCAGAAUUGCCAGCAGCAACAGCUGCCGCCAGUACAGCAGCGACCUCAGUAGCCCCACAAAUCCCAGUAGAACGGCAAACAUCCACAGAGUACGAUCAACACAAACGCAACGAUCAGCCUGUAGAGGAACAGACAUAUUUGCAGCAACUAAAAUUGAUCAACGAUCUCGCAGACGCCAAAAGUGCGCAGUUAACAACAUCACCAAUAUACGGCCAAAGCAACGGCACUGCAACAGACAACAACAACAGCCAACACAAUCUUCAAUACCAGCAGACACACGAGCGCACAGUCGGAGGCGAAACGAACGAAGAACAGCAACAAAACAAAGGAAAUACGCAUCAAAGCAACUGCGUAGAAGAUUACAUAAAGGGUAAGGAGGAUUGGGAGGUGCAAGCUGUUGCAGACAAUACAACAACAUCACAUAAUCACAACCAACUUCAACGUAAUAACAGUAAUAGUUUAACAUUAAACAAUAAGACAAAUUGCGGCAACAACAACAACAAAAAUAAUACAUCAAUAAAAGCAACAAAUUCAUCACACAAAAACACACCAACAAACAUCACAAGCGUUAACGCCAAUCAAAAUAGCUUGUCAAGUGUAACUACAUCACCACCGUCAACGCAUCCACCGCAGCGAGUCACUGAAGUGCUUGAGAGGCAGCGUACGCCCACCGUUGAACCGGUCGAUUGGAAACCGAAUGAGAAGUGUUACUUUUGCGUGGACGGCAGAUUACUCACGGUGAACGCGAAGGGCGAACUUGUAGCCGAGCCGGCGGGCCCCAUUGUGUCCGCCGUCGGCGGCGAUCCAGUGGAACACGUUCACAGGCAGCUUGAGACCGAUAGUGAUUCGAAUGAAUCAGCACAUGUGAAUUUGGUGAAUAAUACAACAACUGCGCCUAUUGGUAACCACAAUAACAACAGCAACAGUACGAAUAACAUUAACAAUAACAACAACAAUAAUAAUAAUAAUAACAAUCGCAUCGACUGGAACAAGCUGUUGACGACACGUUUAGUUGAUUUGCCAGCGAAUAUGACUUCAAUGGACUCAAUGGCCGCGCAGUUAGCAGUCAUUUCUGGUUACCCAAAUUUUAAUUGGCUACAAUUGAUGCAACAACAGCAACAGCAAGAGCAGCAGCCACAUCCCGCACCGAUACAACAACAAACACAGCCACAGCCACAACAACAGCAACAGCAGCAGCAACAGCAACAGCAAAUAAGCUCGGCGACACCAACUACCUCAGAGACAUCGGCCGCCGCUGUUAGUCCACCACUCAAGGAUUCGCCCAGUCCCAGUGAUGCCACCGGUGAACAACCCUUAGAUCUUAGUUCGAAACCAUCGCCAAAUUCAUCUAUUAGUGGCGAUUUGAAGUCAGUGCGCUCCAAGACAAUGCGUGCCACGCCCACACUCUCUUCACGUCGCCCCUGCACCGAUGAUGCGCUGAGCAGCGCCGUACAAGAAUUUCUCAGCGGAAAGUAUAACACACGUAAACCGUCAGACCAAUACGCCGGCAGUUCGAGCACGAGCCCGGGACGCGCCAGACCCAAUCGCGCCGGAGUGAGUGGCAAACGUGCCAAUGUACACCUCGCCAACGCGCUCUUACACGGCAUGGACUUGGACAAGGAUAUGUCCGGCGAUGAAUGCAACACUGCCGAUGGCAAUGCAGGCAUAACUGUCGGCCAUGGGAGUAAUGCUUCAACACCACAACCAGAAACCGCCACACACACUGCACUGGAAGAGCUCGCCAACCGGCUGAACGCGACGCAUUCUCUGCGUAAAUAUUGUGUGAAUAAUGGCACCGGUGAUGCGGGGCGACGUGAUGCCGCCAAUGAUGUCGGCAAUUGCAGCGAUUUGUCACCAAAACCGAACGCAAUGUACGUGGAUGGCGCUAAAUGUGACACCGGUACACCGUCGAGCAGCGCUACACCACAGCCGCAGCAAUCGCCGCCAGCGGCUGGUCUUGAUCCCACAUUAGCGAUUUUGCAGGCAUUCCUUUUUACGCUCACCAGCUUUGGCGCUUUGCAGCAACGUGCCGAUCAGCCGGUUACGCUGCGUGAUCUAGUGGCCAAUUUGAAGGAUAUGUUGGAAACACAUACCGCGGGUGAUUUAAGUGUGGAGGGUCUUUUCAGCAAUGGCAAGCCCAAUAUAAUGGAUCAAUCGUUGUUGGCGCAAAAGCUGCAACAACACACGUCAGCAUAUGCGGCACAGCGCUUGCCCAAAUCAGAUACACCAGAGACCACGAGUUCGUUGGACCAUCACGAGCCGAUUGGUGACGAUCUGGCAGCGUCGAUUCUUAAGAUUCCGUCCUAUAAGCCAGUGGCAGGCACGCCGACGCCCACAUCGGCUGCUGCACGCGCCUCAUGCUCGCCAUCCUUGCUGUGCAACAAUUCCACCGCCAACUCUAUGCCAAAUCCCAACGGCGAUAGUCCGCAUUCCGCGCCCUCACCACGCAUCGCCAACUCUAUGUUGGCUGCUGCUGUGGCGGCCGCUAGCAAUAAUGGCACCGCCGCAUCUGUCGGUCGUCAGAGCAAUAAUGACCUAUCUGUCAUUUCACCGCCAUUAAUGCAGCACCGCCAAUCACCACCAUCGUUCAGUUUUCGCGAUAUGAUCGCACAUGGCAUUCACCGCACUAUGAACGAGCAAGCCAAUCAGGACGCGCAUGCCGCCGCUGCCGCUGUUGCUGCGGCUUCAGCGCCAAUGCUGGGCUUGUGCUUGGAAAUGGAACGCUCAACUAACAACAAUAGCGGCAGCAGUACGGAUCAUAAGAAACCGACAAUAUCGGUGGUGAAGAAUAUAGGUGGUACCGAUACAACACGGUUUGGUGCUGCACCCAAUGUCUUGGCUGGAUCCAGUGUGGCUGGUAGCAGUAGCAGCACGCACAACUCACAUGGCUAUCAUCAGGCGCACAUGCAUCAUCAUCUGCCACACCAUCUAAGUCGCCAAGAGGCAGCAGCGCUUGCCGCCGGUAAAGGUACCCGACCAAAACGUGGCAAGUACCGCAACUAUGACCGCGAUAGCUUAAUCGAAGCAGUGCGAGCUGUGCAGCGCGGCGAGAUGUCGGUGCAUCGUGCGGGCAGCUACUUCGGUGUGCCACAUUCAACACUUGAGUACAAAGUGAAAGAGCGGCAUUUAAUGCGGCCGCGUAAACGUGAGCCCAAGCCACAACCCGGACUAGAUGGUAGCAGCAGCACGACAACGGGUAAAUCAAACUCUAACAUUCCUGGUCAUCAUAACAAUCUGAACAAAAUCAAGUUGGGCAACGCUGGCAACAGUAAUGUCAAUUCCAAGCUCAACGAAGCGCAUAAGGGCAAUAGUAACUCAGCGGCGGCCGCAUUCCCAACCAGCGCACCGAACGGCAUGAAAUUGCCGCUCUUCGAUCCCAUCCAAUAUCCGGCACAUUUAUUUUGGAAUCCCUCGCCAGCUGUAGCCUUUAGCCAAAUGCAUAUGGAAUUCAAUCGCAAUGCAGUGGCGGCGCAAAGCGCCAGCGCGGCACAACGUUACACCGAAGAAACGCUACGUGGCGUUGGCAGCACAUCGGCCGGCACGCCUUCAAACGCCAACAGCCCCAGUCCUAUUGCCAGUCCAUUGUCUGCAGCGACAAGUCAUACACUCAAUAUGAAGAGUGCGCGUGAGCUUGCCGAGAAUUUAUAUGAAAGUGCUGGCGCCAAUGGUUCCUCAAUACUCGACGGCAUCAUACGAAAAACGCUCGAUCGCAAAAGCACUGACGUGGGACCGCCAAACAGUUCCAGCACCGGUGGCGCACUACUCGACCACUUGUUGGUCAAGAAAAGUGCAUUACCGCCAUAUGUUGGCAACAACACUAACGAUCAUCGCUCACCCAACGCUAUGAGCAGUCUACGCGCUAAACGCGCCGCCAGUCCGCUUGCAUAUACCGAAAUCAAGCGUGAACGCGGUAGUCCGCCACACAGUAGUGGCGACGACGAUGACGACGACGCCUCACGCAGCGGCAACGACGAAAGUAGCUACGAGCACAAUAACAAUAACAACAGCAAAGGUAGUUACAUCGGCAAUAAUGAGUUGCACCUCCAGCAUACGCACUUGCACCACCAACAACACAGUCGCAGCCGCAGCCGCUUAACCUCCCACGACUCCGCCGAAACCGAUACCAGUAGCAUACCCAGCGAGCUCAUGGCCAAUCACAACAACGGCAAUAAACUGACCGCCGAUCUUAAUGGCAAUGGCGGCAGCGCGACAAUGAGUAGUAUGCUGCCAAAAGUGGAACCACCGCUAGAAUUCGGACACGCGCCGCCCACGUUGGGCAGCACAUCCAUACUACAAGAAAAGUUGGCGCAAAUUAAGGCCGAGCAGGAGAGCGAAGAGCACUUAUAGAGAUGAAUGAUCUGGCAAUACGGCAUGCCGUUACAUCAGCGGUACUAAAACGCUAACGAGUUACGGGAGGGGCAAUUAAUCAUGGUGCUGAUUGUAGGCGCAGUAAAUGGGCGUAGAGUCAAAUGGCACCGACAGGCGUACAAAUCUACCUUGAAUCCAAAUUGAAUGGGCAUAGCAGUACAGCGGCAUACCGUGGAUCUGCAAGCAUCCUAGAAAGAAAGAAAAUUUGGCGAAAGAAACUGGAACUAGUGGCACUCACUAUGCAGGGCGUUAGUUGGGAUCUGUGUUCAGAGAUCAGGAUCGCCGAUCGCCGGUCGCUAACGGUAAUCGGUUCAAAAUAAGCUUAGUCAAAAUUGAAGUGAGGGUUUAAGCUCUUAGUAUAUAAUUACCUAACAACCACACACAUGCAGACAUACACAAAAUUAGUAUGUAUAAACAAGUAUAUAAUAUGCUAAUCUAUAUAGGAGGAAUUAUGUAUGUACACACGCGUACAUACAAAACAGAGAGGGGCAACACUCGAGUAUAUAGACAUAUGUGUAUGAAUGAUAUGUACAGUUUAUACCCACACAACAAACAGGCAGACAAAUGAAGAACAUAAGGUGUAAAGAAGAAACAAAAACAAAUUUUAAUUAAUUAAUAUAUACAAUAGCUGUAAUACAUAUAAAUAUAUAUAUGUGUGUGCAUUUAGCCAGGAAACGCAUGUAUGUAUUUAUAAAUAAUAAGAAAGAAAAUCAAAGUAAAGUAAAGUAAACUAAAGGGCGAGUGGGCGUAAAAAACCAAAAACAGCAAAUAAAUAAUGGCUAACGGAGAAUGGAAGACGGUGAAUAAACGAAGUAAAUAAUUGAAAAUGUGAACAAGCGAUAAUACACAUACAUACAUACAUCUAAGUAAAAGUAUAGUAAAAAUCAACACUAAACUAACACAAAGGCAAAGUAAAUAGGUAACAGUAAACCUAAUUAAAUAAUUAUACAAUCUAACAAUAAAAAAAAAAUUUAGUAAUAGUAUGACAACAAAAACAACAUAAUAUAUCAGUUGCAGAGAUCAUAGAUAUAUAUAUAUUGAACAGAGAAGAAUCUUUGUAUGAUAAAACAAAAACAAAAAGAAACAACAACAACAAGAUACUGAAAUUUUUCUGUUUCGUUUUCUGACAAUCGACAAAUAGGCUCUCCUUGUACAAACAAACAAACAAAUGUAGCUAACUACAUGCAAACAAAGCAAAGCAAAAACAAAAAAAAAAACAAAAAAUAAUAAAGUUAGUAAUAAAACAGCAAACCGAAAUAAAAUAAUAAUACAAAAGCUAAAUCAAAACACACAAAACAAAACCAAAAAAUAUAUAAAAAUAAAAAAAUAAUAUAAAAGAGAAAUUAAAUAAGCAAAAUAAAAACUAAAAUUAAAAGCGAAAACAAAACAAAAAAGCAACAGUGAAAACAAAAAUACAAAACAAAAAUCAAGCUAACAUGUCUUUAAAUAAUAGCGAAGCAUAUUACAACAACAAUAAAACAGUUGAAAACAUUUGCGAAGAGAGCAAAGUUUCGCGCAAAAUAUGCAAACUUAAAACAAUUUCAUUUUUUUAGUUUUCGAAAUUCAUUUUGAUUUCCAUUACAAACGAUUAAGAGAAUUUCUAAAACACACACCAGCAAAUAGACAGAAUGCAAAUACAACCAACAACAGGAUAGCUUGACUUGUACAACCAAUCUGAUCCGAUCAAAAAACCAUAUGCAACAGCAACAACAACAAACAAUAAUACCAGACAACAGUUAUAAGAAUGAAUGCAACAGCGCAGAUGCAACCAGCAACUGCAACAAUAUCAAACAGCCAAUACAACAACAAAACUACAGCAAAACAACCAACAACACGCAGUCUCAAACGCAGCAAUAACCGUAAUAGCAACAGGCAAGCAGCAACAACAGCAACAGCAACAACAAUAAGCAAUAAACAAUUAUUAAUAAUAGAAUAAAAUACAUACACAUACAACAACAACUCCGUAAAAGCAACUAACAAAACCGUAAUGUUGUUCCAAGUUGAAAGGGCGCAGAAAGAGUGGAGAAACGUAAAAAAAAUCAACGUUUUUGUUUUAAAUAUGUUUAAGGUUAGAAGAAUUGCGCAUACUCCCAAGUAAUGAAAUUGAGAUGCUUGAAAAAAUCUGAAGACACUUUAAACAUUUCAGAACUUCUUGAUCAUAUAUGGUAAAUAAGUGAAAGUGAAAAUAUUUGUAACUUUCAUACAAAUAUAUGUUUCAACGUUUUCUGAGUGAUAUACAAGUAUUUCGAAGAACUUCAUGAUAUGUGUAUAUACCAAGGUAUAUAACAGUUAUUCAUGCAUGAUUAUUUCGAAAAGGGUAGAACUUGAUGUGAAACACCUCGUCUCACCAAAAACUUAAGUCCAAUUAUAAAUCAAUGACUAGAAAAAUGUCUUUCACUGAAAAGAGUUCAAGAAUCAGUAAGCAGAAAACUUGAAAAAACAAAACGUCAUUUUCAGGCCUUGGAAAAUAUUUGAAUAAUAGAAAUUUGCUCCAAAACGAUAUCUAGGCCAAAUUUCCUCUAUAUAAGAUAAAGUGAAAUAAUCGUUAAUAUAUAUAGUGAAAACUAUCGUGUUUCAAAAGAUAAUAGAACAUUUUUUGAACUUUGCAACUCAGCAACUUUGUCUGAACAUACAACUUUCUGACCUUCAAUAUUCAAACUCUAGAUUAUUUCACUAAAAGGUUCAGGUCAUAUCGACAAAAGUUCAAGAAACCCUGCACAAAUAACUUCGUAUUAAACUUUUGUGCCUAAAGCUGGGAACACUUUUUAAAAAUAGUAUGCGAAAUACACAAUCUAAACUUUUUCGAAACCUAAACGACUUGGAACCAACAUUACUUUACAAUAGUUACAUAUAGUUACAUAAAUACAAAUACGAAUUGAACAGCAACAACAAUGCAAUAAACAAGAUAGUCCAUUACAGGUCAGAAACGCAGUUACAUACCCAUAACCCACAACAGAACUCCACAACAAUAGACUAUAUACGCAAACUUAACUUAAAACAGCAAUAAAGAAAACUUCACAUACAACUAAAAAAGGCUUUUGGAGCAUUGUUUCGUUUGUGGCACCCUGGAAAUUUUCGAUAUAUAAAAAACAAUCUGGAAAAAUUUGUUUAUGAAAAAUAUGUUGCACAAAUGAAGCGAAUGCUCGAAAGGUCGUAACCAUAUUUACUGAAAAUUAUUUCAAUAUUUAUUUCCGUAGAUUUUUUUAGUAAAAUCUUUUUAAAUUAAUAAACUAUCGAGAAAAGUAAAUUAUCAAGAAAAUAAUAUUCAGAACAUUUCAGAAAUCCUCGAGACGGAAAUCAAUAAACAAAGCUGCCUUCACAUUUACAAAAAGAUCAAAGAAAAAACACAAAAAACAAUUUAAAGGGAAUAUUAAAAAUUUAAAAUGCUAAAAUUGCUUAGAAAAAAUAUUCAAAUAUUAAAUUACACGCUAAAAAAGAAUUAGUCAAACGUAAUGAAUGAUUAAAAAACACAAAAUAAAAUAUUUUUUUUUGCCGAAAUAUAGAAAAAAGAAUUUAAUUUGCCUACCCAAAUUAACAAAAAGCCAAACACACACUCAAUUUUUAAUUUUAUUUUAAAUUAAACUUAAAACAUUUUUGAUAAAAUUAUGAAGAUUAAAAUUAGUGGUCAACAGAUUAAGGUGAAAUUAUAUUUAAAAAAAUAACUUUCGGUGUUAAAUACAAAAAACAUAUGUAAAAAAAAAUAUGUCAAACCUAUGCACAUACAUAUACAUACAUACACAUAUUCAGACCUAUAUAUUUAUAUAUGUACCUACGGAAAAUAUAUACUUAAGCUAAGCAAAAGUCUAAACAAAAACAAAGUAUGCAAAAUUAAAUGUUCGGUGUUCGUAUAUCAUGUAAAAGACAAAAACAAAAUCCAGUUUUGGCAUAGAAACAGUAUAAGUUCAUGUCUGAUAUAUAUAAUUAAGCCAGAAAAAUCCAAAAUUUAAAUGUAUGUGUAUGUAAAACCUUAUAUGUAUGAUAUGUAUGUGUCUUCAUGUCGAGUAUACCUCAAAAAUAACAGUACAUCAUCAUUUUGCAUAGCACAGUGAAAGUGAAAGUGAAAGAGAAAAAGAGAGAGAGAGGGAGAGUCAGCAGUUCAAUCAAUACAAAUUGUAAAUUAUUGAGGACUUACUCCAAAAAUUUAUAAAUGAACAUAUGUCGUUUUCAGUGUUAACUGCUUUGGAAAUACAAUUUUUGUGUAAAAGCGCAAAAUUAAAAAAUUUAAAAAAAAAAUACUUUUUCGGGAAUAAUUAGUGUGUGUUAGGGCAAUGAAAUAUAUUUUUAAAAAAAGCUUAAAAGAGGAAUGUUUCAGGCAGGGCAUGAAUUCAGUUCUUAAAUUUAAAAAUUAAAUGUUUUGACAUGUAAAAAAAAAAUGAAGAAAAAAUUAUUUAAUAAGAACUGAAAGUUUAAAGCAAGUGAAGAUUCAAAACUGAUAGUUACUAAAAUAAUUUCAAAAUUUUUGGUUUUUUCAAGAAAUGUUAGCAGUUUAGAGACAUAAAACUUCAAGGUACACUUAAAGGUCGAAAUUCUUCAUUAUGAAUAUAAUACUUUAACAAUAACUAAAAUAAUUUUAAAAUUUUUUGUUUUUUGAAGAAAUGCUAUCGUUUUCGAGGCAUUAAACUUCAUAAUAAAUAAAAUAUUUUUAAAUUUUUUCGAUUUGGUUUUCAUUUCAAAUAUUGAAUUUAAUUAUUGAAGUAAGAGGAUCAAAUUUUAAAAUUUAACUAAAAUAAUUUUGGAACUUUUAUUUAUUUUUUAACAUCAUUUUCGAGGCAUUCAACUUCUUCUAAAAAAUUAUGAAUUUUUGCCAAAACUUUUUUUUUUUUUUUAACUUAUUUAAAAAAAAGAAAUAAUUACAAGAAACAUUCCUCAAGCUUUGAAACAAUCUAGGCUAAACAUAUGUAUACUUUUCACUGCUUUCCAUUUGAUUAUUUAUCAUAAACUCCGGCAACAUUUCGGCACUGAGAGAAAUUUAACCCAAUUAAAUAUGUAUAUUUUUAAAAAUAAUAAAGUAGAUAUUAAUAAUAUUAAAAGAAAAACUUAAAUGUACCUAAACAAAUUAAUUCGUGUGCUACGUAAAACUUGCGACUGUAGUGGAACCGUGAAAGCACAGACAAUUUUUUAUAUACAUAAAUACUUACAAGCAUGCAUAUACAUACCUAUAUACAUACAUAUUUGAGUAAAAUGCAAAAAAAAAAACAAACAAAAACAGAAAAUUAAAUGUAAAACAUUUUUGUGUCGAAAUUAUAUAUAAAAUAUAAAUACAUACAUACAUACAUACGCGUACAGUACAUACCAACAUAAAGACAAGUUUCAAAAAAUAUAUACAUAUAUAUUAAAGUAAAUGCUAAGAAAAAUUAAUCCUUUUGAAUGUGCGUAUAUUUAGAUAAAUAUAUAAAUAAAAAUUAAAAAAACAAAAAAUAUUUAAGAAAAUCAAAAAAGACUUUGGCAUUUUUCUAAAAGUCUACACUUAUACACACAAAUAUAACUGGCACAUACAUACAAAUAUAUAACGCAUAUAAAACACAUGUUAUGUAAACAUUUCCAGAAUGCUUUUUUGACUUUUGGCCAUUAAUUUAAUGCGUUUGUGUGUAAAAACCAAUGCAUAUGCGUAUAUUAAAGAGAAAUAAUUUUUUUUUUUGUUUUGACAGCAAAUGCUUGUCACUUUCGUGUUUACAUAUGACAAACAGGUGACAACUGACAAUUGACGAACAAUUUUGAGCGAAUAAUUGUUUUAGGCAGGACAACUCGACCACAGGACACACUGCGUUAGCGGCGAACCACACCACACACACCUACAAAUACAUAUGCAUAAAGUCGAACUUUUAACCUUCAACGACAUGUUGCCAUGACAGGCUGCACGAUCUGAUCGAGAUCGAGACCAAAAGUACAUAUAUUUAUGUAAUUAUUGAGUAUGUAGUAAUUUUAUUAUUAUUAUAUUUCAAAUUUACCACAAACAAACCAGUGCAUACAUGCACAAAAACAUAUUUAUUAUAUAUACAAAAAAUACAUACAUACAUUAGACACUAUCUGUGAUUUAUAAUCCAAAAUUUUUGAUGCGAAAAAUGAGUAUUCAAGCAACAUCGCAAGAGAAUUGGCAUUGAAGCUGUUGAGUAUUAAGUGAAAGUAAUUGAAGAAAACAAAUAUGAAGAAAAAGCGAAAGUAAAAGAGAAGGCGAAAAUGAGAAAAGAGAAGUGUUAAAAGUAAGCGUGAAAGUCAAAGCAAAAGAAUGAGGAAAACACAACCGGUUAUGGGACUAAUAUACAUAUAUGACAUCACAUUAGCCACUUACAUAUGUAUAUGUAAAUAUAUAAUAUAAUAAUUGCUGCAAGGACAUUAGUGUGAAACUGUUGCAAAAGUGGAAAAAAAUGGGUAAUAUUGAGCAAAUAUAAUAAGGAGAAUAAACGGAAAGUAUAUAAUUUAAAAAAAUUAUAAAAAUAACAAAAUGUUUGAACCAAAAUAACGCUCUUGAGACCAAAAGUAGAGCAAAAAAUGUAACACGUACAUUGUAUGUAUAUAUAAAUAUAUGCAUUAAUAUACAUAUUAACAAACCUAUGUAUGUUUGCAUGACAAUUUUGGAGCAAUUUUUGACGCAGAGUUGAAAUUACAAUAAAAAAAGUUUGCUAUAAAAAUUCUUUUCAACGUUGAAAAAAAGGUCUGCUGUGUAAAAAUUGUUUAAUUUCAACUUAAAAUACUAACUGUGUAUGUUAACUUUUAAAUAUUUUCCACUAAAAGCGCCCAAAAUCAAUUAAAAAACAGAAACUUUCGUUAGUUGCACAGAAACACCAGUCAAAAAGAGCCAACAUAAAUUAAUUUUGAAAAUCUUUUUGAAGACAAAGUCAAAAAAAUUUAUGUAAAACGUGUUUACACCAACAUACAUACAUACAUAAAGUUGUAUAUAUUAUAAAUAUAUUUAAAACAACACAAUAAUAUAAAAGAAAAAAUAUCAAGAAAAAAUAAACAAAAUUAAAAGUGCAAUUACUUGGAAAAUAAAUGGUGAAAUGAUGUUCGUUAGUAAAAACAAAAAAUAAAACAAGAAAAAAAUUUGUAAAAAAAAUAUAUAUAUAUAAAAUUGUGUAAAAGAUUUGCGUAUAGGGAAAAUUUAGCAGCAAAUGUAUAAUUAGAACUUUGAUUGAACCAAAUAUAAAAUUAAAUUAAAAAGUUAAAAUAAAAUAUAAAUGAAAAUUAUUUUUAAAAAAUUAAUAUAAAAAUUUGUAUAAAAAUGCAUUCUAAUUAGCAACAAUUUACAAACACUUUUUUAAAAAAUUAUUAAUAUAAUUUCACUGCUUAAUUUCAAAAAAUUAUGCAUUGUAUUGAGUUGAAGUUAGAAAAAAAACAUACCGGACAUACAAACAAACAGCAGAAAUGCGCUCAAAGUUGCGCUAAAGCUAUGCUUAUUGAAGAGUCAACUGAGCAGAAAUAGUAGCUUUCUAAAUUGAGAGCAUACUAAAAAAUACAGAAAAAGUCAGAGGUCAAUAAAAAAUUAGCGUGAGAGAAGCAGGAGGGGUUAUAAGAGAGUUCAAAAUUUGUUUUCAAACUUUCCGAAAUCACAUUUGUACAAGAAGUACUUAUUUUUGAACUACACAAAACAAAUUUCGAAAAAUUAAAAUCAAAUUUUCUAACAAAUUCGUUUGCCGGAAACGGAACUUUACUUCAAAGUGCACCUCUUUACGCACAAGCGAACUACGCUAUUGACACUGACAACUACCGGCCGAUUUCAAAAACGUAUGGUAUACAAGUUGAAGCAACAAACACCAACACACACACACACACACAAACAAGUAUUGGGACAAAAAGACAAGUUAAGCUACAGUUGAUUUAAUAAUUAAGUUAAGAAACGUCUAAACGCGGACGUUUAGGGCUGAAUGGGAGAGCGCUUAAAGGCGCGCAGAGAAUGCAAAUUGUAUGUAAAAUCCCUCAGGUAUGUGUUUUAUUUUCGGAGAGAAAAAAGAUUGACUACCAUAUUUUUAAAUAUUGUAUUUUAAAAUGCUAAAUAGAAUGUUAGAUUUGUAAAGAGUUAGUAAGCAGAGAGGACGUGUAGGAGAGAGAGAGAGAGAGAGAGCGAGAGUGGAACGCUGCUAAUUGAGGAGCAUGAGUGUUGCGUGUGUAGGAAUGAUCAAAUGUUGUAGGUGUGCAGCCACAAAUCGCAAAUGUCUCCAUUUUCUUUGCAAACACUUCGUCAACGCGCAGUUUUGUACAUACAUACAGACCUACAGAUCCAUAUAUACAUUUAUAUAGUUUACAUACAUACAGGAUAUGAGAGUGCGCGAGUAAUUUUACAUAUUAUUUUAUUUUUUAAACUUAAACCUUAAAUAUUUUUAACUAAAUAAUAUUGUUAGUAAGUAAAAAGUUAGUUGCUAGUGCAAAGAACUUUUUCUACGUACAUACAUAUGUACAUAUACUGCGCGUGGAAUGGUUUAGUAGUAUUUUGGGUGGUUUGUACUGAGCGGGGAGCAUUUUUCGACUACUUUUUAUGAAAUAUCAAUUUUUAAGAAAUUACACGCCAAUCAAUUGUUGUGUGUUUGAGCAUUUGCUAUGCUGCCUACCCGUUCUGGCGCAACAACAACACGAAAUAAUCUAUUAUUUAAUUGUUAAUAUAGUAUAUGCUUACAUACCGAUUACUUUUUUUUACAGUGUAGAGAGGGUUAGAAGUGGAGCAGGCAGAGAUGGCGAAGCAAUGGGCUGCUUAUAUGUAUAUAUAGACAAAAUUGAAUUUAUAGUGCAAUUGUUUUUUAAAAAACGAAUUAAAGUAGUGAAAAUCUUUAAGCGUGUGAGCACGUUCUUAAUUUCCAGUAGAAACAUUAUGGCAAUGUUUUUGUUUAAUAUAUAUUUUUCUCUAAUACUUAUUAACGCUUUUUUAUGUGUAAAUGUUUUGAAACAUGAAAGAAAAGGACUCAAAGGACUUUUUUGUAUUUUUUAACAAAGUGAAAUGUUGCUAUAAUUUUUAAAAUUUACAAUUUAUGUUGUUGACAUUUACCAGCAACAAUAUUGCAUAUAUUAAGCAAAAUUGAAAUCAAAAAAUUCGCAUUGCGCGUAAAGUCCUCUGGACUAUGAAAAGCGAAUGGCAGAAUGCAUAUUUAUAUUUACUAUAUUUAUAAUUAUAAAAAACAAAAAAAUUUAUAUAUACUUUACACAUAAUAAACGAAAAAUCCAAAUAAAAUGAAUAUUAAUCAUUCUAUUUUACAAAUAAAGCUAUUGUAUUUAGAUAUCUAUUAUAUUUGAUAUUUUGUUUGAAUGAAACGAGUUAAAAUUGUAAGCGCAUUUAAUGCAAUGCAAAGUAAACUGUAAUAUUAAAAGUGAAAAUGUUGCAAUGACCUCGUGUACCAAAUGUAAUUACGAUCUGAUUUGUUUAGUUGUUUUUGUAAACACUAUUUAUUAAUUUUAUAUAAUAACCUAUGUUUACCAACUAAGCGUAUGGUAAGCUCCUUAGUUGCGGUUAAGCUAAAGAAAACCAUAUAGAAAGGACGAAAAACGAAAGCGCGUAAAAUGAUAAUUUCAAAAGACAAAAAAUAACAGCUGACUAUAAAAAAUAAUAAUUUUUUGAAAUCAACUAUAUGCAAAAACAAAAAAGAAUUGGUUUUGUGAAUACAGUCAGCAAAAACACACCCUUUUAAAAGCUAAAUCUACUAAAAAACAAUGAAGAUUUUUCGGUUUUUGCAAGUAUUUCGAAAAUAUUUCUUCGUACUUCAUUUCAGCAUACAAAUUUUUUCAUAUAAACAUAAAUAUUACAGUUAAACAUUUUGUAAACGUUAUUUAACAAAUUUGUUUUUAAUGCCCUCUGUGAAACUAAAACACAUACCAAGAAGAGAAGAUUACAAGAACUACCAAGUAAAACCGUCAAAUAAACAAAACAAUAAUUAAAAUCAUGUAAUAAGGCACAUUGCAACAACAUGCAUAAAAACAACCAAACCAAUUAAUUACAGCAUACACUCAAAGAAACAAAAAAAAAAAUAAACCAAACAGCAAAACAAUAACAAACAAUAGAAAAAACAGCUUAUUUUCAAAACAAAACAAAUCAUAUAAGUGUAAAAGAGCAAUAGCCCAAAUAUAUAUAGCAAUGCUUUGUGUAUUGUAUAUAUAUCCAUCUACACAGUAUAUAUAUUGUACUUGUAUUACAUACAUACAUAUAUAAAUAUUGGAAAAAUCGCAAAAUAGCCAAAAAACUAUUGGUUAUUUACAGAAAUAAGAAACAAACUAAAAGCCACAAUAGUAAUCUUCCCUCUCCACACGCACAAAAACAUAAAACAACAACACUUAAUAUGUUAUAUAAGAAAUAAUUGAUUGCAAAUCAAAGAAAUUAAUAUAAAUACAGCCGACAGUCGAUUGUUUUUAUUUUUAAAUAUUGUAAUGAAAUAGUCGAAAGAAACCAAUAUAUGUAAUGUAUGUCAAUAAUAUUGACUACAGUAAUAAUAAAAAACCAACAAUAGCAGUAAACGGAUUGGCAAUAACCAUAAA